AUGCAGUUCUCAACCAUCAUCACCGUGUGCCUCUUCACCGGGCUCGCCUCCGCCAGCUUCGUACAAUGCAAUCAUCAUCUCCUGUACAAUGGCAGACACUGGGGCACGAUAAGGAAGAAGGCGGGUUGGGCCGUUAGAUUUUACGAAGAAAAACCAGGGCAGCCAAAGAGGCUGGUCGCGAUUUGCAAAAACGCGUCACCCGUACACUGCAACUAUCUGAAAUGCACCAAUUUGGCAGCAGGCUUCUCGGCAGGGACGUCCACUGAUGUUCUCUCCUCCGGCACCGUUGGCUCGAUUGGGAAUGACCCUCAGGCUCAGCGCCAAUAG